AUGCAAUUUACAACAGCACUAUUUUUUUGUAUCGUUUUUUCAUACGUACAAGGUCAAACUACAACAGUCUCUAAUUACUAUUGUAAUGAAAGUAAUAAUGCUGUCCAAUUUACAUUGUCUUCAUCAUUUCAUUCUGCAUGGCAACCAACAUUAAAUUGUUCUUUACCACAAUGUAAUUUAAGCUCCAACGAUAACAACAACUGUCUUUUGUCAUUAACACCAUGCUUCAACUAUCGUGCAUCGAACAAUAUUAGCUAUUGUGCACCCGGUAUCCUAUGUUCUAUUUUGGAACCAUGUAAUAACGCUACUUACAACUGUACAUCAAACAGCUCCGUAUGCAUUACUAACUCGUGCUGUUCACCACAAGCAGUAUGUUUACCAUUGUCAUCAAUGCAUAUUUGUAAAUUAGGAUGGCUUAGCACUAGUGUCAUGAAUACUGCAAGAUAUUAUCAUACAGCAUCCGUAUUAAACAAUGGUAAAGUGUUGGUCACUGGUGGAUUGAGUACUCCUGGUGUUGUUUAUCGAAAUGAUGCCGAAUUGUAUGAUCCAUCGACAGAAACAUGGGCAGCGACCGCUAGUAUGAAUAAUGCACGAUAUCUACAUACAUCAUCCGUUUUAACAAAUGGGAAGGUGUUAGUUACUGGUGGAUCGAAUGGUUCUUAUCUAAAUAGCUCUGAGUUGUAUGAUCCAUCAACGGGGACUUGGUCAACAACAGGUAGUAUGAAUGAUGCACGAUUUGGACACACAUCAUCCGUCUUUACAAAUGGGAAAGUGUUAGUUACUGGUGGAUCGAACGGUCUUU